AUGCAUCCCCACCUUGCCGAGUGCAUCAACAAGUCCAGCGAGCUGCUGGACCGGUGCCUGAAGGCGAUUACCGCGCCGUUUGACGCCAGCCGCGUUGGCGAGGAGGCCGCCUCGCGUAACAUCACCUUCGGUGUGGUGCGUCCGAUGGCCAGCGAGCAGGAGGCGGUCUCGCGGUGCUGUGGCCUGAUGCUGGCGCUGUCUGUCUUGCCCUUUGUCGUGCCUGCUUAA